AAAAUUAGGUCGACACCAUCUCUGGUGGAACUUACGCUGCGCUCGCGGCGGGGAGGCGGAGGAAUCGAUUGAAUCCCUCGCGAGUAGGGUUCUUUGACCGUGCGGUAAGAUCUUGGCGACGAGAAGGUGGAGGGCAUUCGGAAUGAGGAGGAGCGACACAAGGGGCUUUUCUUCUCCUCCUCCCUCGCCAGGCCGCCUAGUUUAGCGAGAUGAAGGGCCACGAUCUUCUCAACGAUGUGCUGCCGGACGAGGCGCUCAUUCACAUCCUGAGCUAUCUGGACGUUCCCAGCGACCGGGGCUCGUGCUCGCUGGUUUGCAAGCGAUGGUGGCAGCUGGAGAGCGAGACCCGGCACUCGAUCCGGAUUGGCGCGUCCGGGAACCCGGACGCUUGCGUCACGGCGGUGGUGAGACGAUUCACGGGGCUGCGAGACGUGAGCUUCGAUGAGAGGGUUCCAAUCCAGCUCCACCACCAGGGCCGGCCUACUUUCCAGCCGCGGCGAUCUUUUCUUCUCAGGACGCCGAGAAGGGGCAGCGCAGAUCAGAAUGGCGACGCGACCAGCCGGAGGGGACGAAAGCGUCGCAGAGGAGCUGACGAGCUAUCACCACUCUUGACGGAGAGUCUGUGGAGCAGCCUCUCGGACAGCGGGUUGAUGCUGCUGGGACAAGGAUGUCCGAGGCUGGAGAAGCUGACGCUCGUCUGGUGCUCGGCCAUUAGCAGCACCGGAUUCAAGUCCCUGGCCGAGAAUUGCUGCGGCUUGAAAAAUCUAGAGCUCCAGGGAUGUUACGUAGGAGACGACGGGCUCAAGGCCAUCGGUCAGUUUUGCAAGCUCGAGGAUCUCAACCUUCGCUUCUGCGAUGGAGUAACGGACUUGGGACUUAUGGCGAUCGCCACGGGCUGCGCAAAGUCACUCAAGGCGCUCAUCAUAUCCGUGUGCCCCCGGGUAACGGACGCGACUCUGGCAGCCGUGGGAAAGAACUGCUCGCUGCUGGAGAGGCUCACGCUCGACUCGGAGGGAUUCAAGAGUGACGGCGUCCAGGCCGUGGCCAGGGGAUGCCCGAGGCUCAAGUACCUGAGGAUGCUGUGCGUGAACGUCGAGGACGAAGCCUUGGACUCCGUGGGACGCUACUGCCGGUCGCUGGAAACGCUAGCGUUGCACAGCUUCCAAAAGUUUGACAAAGGCUUCUUGGCGAUCGGGCAUGGCUGCAAGCAGCUCACAAGCCUCACGCUGAGUGACUGUUACUUCCUCACGGACACGACGCUGGCGGCGAUUGCCAGCGGCUGUACUGAGCUCUCGUCGCUGGAGAUAAAUGGCUGCCACAACAUUUCCACUUCUGGAGUCCGAGCAGUGGGACGCUCCUGCCGAAAGCUCACGGAGGUAGUGCUCAAGUACUGCCAAAAGAUUGGAGACGAUGGCUUGUCCGAGAUUGGCAGAGGCUGCAAGCUUCUACAGGCGCUCAUUCUCGUCGACUGCUCGGCCAUUGGAGACUCCUCCAUUCGUAGCAUCGCUGGAGGCUGUCCCGGUCUAAAGAGGCUCCAUAUAAGACGCUGCUACAAGAUUGGAGACAAAGCCAUCGUCGCCGUUGGCCAGCACUGCGAGAGACUGACCGACUUGAGUAUGCGAUUCUGUGACCGAGUUGGAGACGAUGGCCUGGCAGCAAUUGGAGCAGGCUGCUCGGAGCUCAAGCAUCUGAACGUAAGUGGUUGCCAUCGCGUUGGAGACGCUGGCAUUUCUGCGAUUGCGAAAGGAUGCCCAGAGCUGAUACAUUUGGACGUGAGCGUUUGCCAGAGCGUAGGCGACGAGGGACUCGCAGCGCUGGCCGGUGGAUGCCGGAGCCUCAGAGAAAUCAUACUGUCACAUUGUAGAAGUAUCACGGACGCCGGACUGGGUUUCCUUGUGGCGUCUUGUACCAAACUCGAAGCUUGUCACAUGGUUUAUUGUCCAUACGUAACUGCUGCAGGAGUCGCGACCGUGGUGACCGGUUGCUUGAGCAUCAAAAAGGUGCUGGUCGAGAAGUGGAAAGUUACCCCCAGGACGAGGCGCCGGGCCGCGUCAAUUUUAACAGAGCUCUGUAUGGAUCUAUAGCGAGAAACAUGAUCAUCUGUAACAAGUUACACACGGAAUGAAAAGAACAAAAAAACUUUCGCUUACAAAUGUUA